CUCUCUCUCUCUCAAAAGCAUGAAUCUUGUAAGCAAACCCAUCGGCUUACAUGUUUGCCAGUUGAUGACUGCAGCUAUAUGGAUCGUUAUUGCGCUGGCUCUCUCCCACAACUUCCUUGCCCUUGCCACCAAAACAGAGGCAGAUGCUCUUCGUCACAGUGGGUGGUGGCCUUCCUACAUUACAAGCAACACUUCUGUGUCGCAUUGCAUGUGGUGUGGCAUUUCAUGCGACGAUUCUGGAAGCGUCGUUGAAAUAAGCGCAUCACGACAAGACUACAACAACUACUGCUACUACUACGACUAUUGGUCCUCACUUAAUUUGAGUAGCAUGAAUUACUCUAUGCUCCCGAAUCUCACAUCUCUUACGCUAUCUGGUUAUUAUCUCACCGAUAUCAUUCCCCUUCAAAUAUGUGCACUCCAAAAGCUCAGAUACCUCAACUUGUCCACCAAUGAACUAACCGGUGAGUUGCCUCUUUGUCUCCAAAAUCUAACCAUGUUAGAAGUUAUUGACAUUCAUGAUAAUCAAAUUGACAGUCUAAUCCCUCAUGAAUUGGGAAAUUUGAAGAGGUUGAUCUCCCUAGAUCUCAGUUUCAAUUUGCUAAAUGGCAUGAUCCCUAUGACUCUAGCGAAAUUGAAGAACUUAGCACAACUCUCUUUGCAAUAUAACUACUUCAAUGGAUCCAUUCCUUCGGAAAUAGAGAACUUGACGAACCUGGCAUAUCUAAGUAUGGUAGGGAACUCCUUCAGUGGAUCUAUCCCAUUAGAAAUAGGGAACUUGACAAACUUGGCAUAUCUAAGUGUGGCAAGGAACUCCUUCAGUGGAUCUAUCCCAUUAGAAAUAGGGAACUUGACAAACUUGGCAUAUCUAAGUGUGGCAAGGAACUCCUUCAGUGGAUCUAUCCCAUUAGAAAUAGGGAACUUGACAAACUUGGCAUAUCUAAGUGUGGCAAGGAACUCCUUCAGUGGAUCUAUCCCAUUAGAAAUAGGGAACUUGACAAACUUGGCAUAUCUAAGUGUGGCAAGGAACUCCUUCAGUGGAUCUAUCCCAUCGAAAAUAGGGAACUUGACGAACUUGGCAUAUCUAAGUAUGGUAGGGAACUCCUUUAGUGGAUCUAUCCCAUUGGAAAUAGGGAACUUGACGAACUUGGCAUAUCUAAGUAUGGUAGGGAACUCCUGUAGUGGAUCUAUCCCAUCGGAAAUAGGUAAAUUGAAGAGCUUGAUUAUGUUGGUGCUGAGCUUAAAUUCCUUCACUGGCCCCAUUCCAUUGGAAAUAGGAGAUUUGAAGAAUCUCACUUAUCUGGAUUUGAGCUUCAACAACUUCUCGGGAAAUAUCCCUCAUGAACUUGAGAGUUUGGUCAUGUUAAGCCGUCUCAAUCUUGCAAACAAUUCUCUUCAUGGUUCAAUUCCCAAAUUCCAAAAGCUUUUCAACUUGGAGUCCAUCGACUUAUCAUGCAAUCAUCUUACGGGAAAAAUUCCACCAAAUCUAUUCAAUGUUUCUUAUGCAUCUUUCGAAGGCAAUAAAGGUUUGGAAUAUACUGCCAUGUGGGCACUUGUAACUGCCUUUCGUUACAGUGGGUGGUGGCCUAACCUCCUUACAAGCAACAUCUCCUUAGCAUAUUGCAUGUGGCCUAGCAUUUCAUGCGACGACUCCGGAAACAUUGUCAAAAUAAAUGCAAUAUCCAACCAUGAGGGCACAUUUGAUUGUAGCCACAUUGAUUUCUCUUUAUUGUCGAAUCUGACCUUAUUCUCGAAUCUGACCUUUCUUGGGCUGCAUGAUUGUAAUUUCUCUAAUUUCUUUCCCCUUGAAAUAUGUGCCCUCCCAAAGCUCAAGCACCUCAACUUGUCCCGCACUUGGCUAAUUGGUGAGCUCCCUCUUUGUCUCCAAAACCUCACCACGUUAGAAGUAAUUGACAUUCAUGGUAACAGAAUCGGAGGUCCUAUCCCUCCUGAACUAGGAAAUCUAAAGAGUCUAAUCUACCUGGAUCUGAGUAAUAAUGCACUUGGGGGGACAAUCCCAACGACUCUUGGUCACAUAGAUAACAUCAACUUGUCGUAUAAUUAUCUUGCGGGAAAAAUUCCAGAUAACUUGGCCCACGUUCCUUAUGGAGCUUUCAUAGGCAAUGAAGGUUUGGAAAAGACUUAUGGUCCUAGAAGAAUGACUGGGGUUGUACUUAUGACAAUACUUACACCACCAAUGGCUAUAUCAUUCAUUUUCUAUUUGGUUUUGAGGCAUUUGAUCGUGUUUCAACGUAGAAUGAAGAGCACUCAAUCAGAGAUAACAGAGAAAAAUGGAGAUUUCUUGUCAAUAUGGAAUUAUGAUGGGAGAAUUGCAUAUGAAGACAUAAUCAAUGCAACAGAAGACUUUAACAUCAAAUAUUGCAUUGGAACUGGUGGAUACGGUAGUGUCUAUAGAGCGGAAUUGCCUAAUGGGAAAAUUGUGGCAUUGAAGAAACUUCACCAUCAUGAAGCAAAUGACCCAUCUUUCGACAAGAGCUUCCGAAAUGAAGUGAAGCACUUGACUGAAGUACGGCAUAGAAGCAUAAUUAAGCUCCAUGGGUUUUGCUUACACAAGCAAUGCAUGUUCUUGGUUUAUGAGUACAUGGAAAGGGGGAGUCUAUUUUGUGCUCUGAGAGAGGACGUUGAAGCAGUGGAACUAGACUGGUCUAAAAGACUUGUCAUUGUAUGGGAUAUGGCACAUGCCUUGUCUUACUUGCACCACGAUUGCGCUCAGCCAAUCGUUCAUCGAGACAUAUCUAGCAACAACAUUUUGCUGGACAACAAUAUGCAGGCAUUUCUAUCAGAUUUCGGCACAGCAAGACUCCUAGAACCUAACUUCUCAUCUAAUCUCACUGCAAAUAUUGCAGGCACCCGUGGAUAUAUAGCACCAGGUAAGCAACAAUUGUCCAUAUUUUUGUUGGAAUGUUAUUACCGGAGGCACUUAGCUAGAUCAAUAUACUUAACACACCCCAUGUGGUAAUAACAUGUUGACGCUUCAGCAUACUUACAUAUUUAUCAUUUGAUAAUGCACUAACUAAGAUUGUGAACUUUGU